AAACAAACAUAUUUAGUGACUGUUCUAAAAUUUACGGAAUAAUCUGUUAAUAGGACGGAAUUUUCUCUACCCGCGAACGCCCAAUGUCGUUUCAAUUUAUGACAUACUUAAUAUUUACCCUUUUAGGCUAACGUUAACCUAAUAAAAUUAAACGUUUGGAAUAAUCUCUAGGUCUUAUAUUAAACAGAAUAAAACUUAACAGUUCAUGAUAUGUUCCAUUUAAAAAGUUAAACCUUUAUGUUCAUGUCAUGAUAUAACAUGUCAGUUCAAUAAUACAGGUAUGGUUAUUCUUGUAUGUUUUCGCCAUCAUCAGACAUCUAUUGUACAUAGUGAUGUAACAAGACUUUACUUUUAGUUUUUGAACUGUCUUUAUGCAGACACCAUCUGAUGUUUGAUUGGGGUGAUUCUACAUUAUUGGUGAUGAGUCAUCACUUAUUUUAUAUCAAAUAAUGUGUAAAUUGAUGAACUUGAUCAUUCACUGUAUGAGUCGAUCAGUAUCGUUAGAGAUGAUUCAACACAAUAACAAUAAAAUAUACAAUUACUAUUUAUUUUUGUACAAUUGAAAAUGAGUAGAAAUGUGAAUUUACAAGACCAGGAAGAUGAAAUUUGUGUACUUAGCUCAAUAUAUACAAAAGAAGAGUUUGAAAGCAAGGAUGAUUACAGCGGAGGGCAGUUUUAUGCUUUUGUAACGCUUCCUCACGAUUUUGUAAUAACAUACAAGAAUUAUGGUGAAGGAAACGAGUCGGUCAAAGUACCAUUGUCACAUUUGCCCCCAAUAACACUAACAUUCAAAUAUCCGGCUAAUUAUCCAUCUGAAGAGAAACCGGAAUACCAAAUUUCCUGUCUUUGGCUGUCAAUAACGAAGUUGAAUAAAGUCUGCGAAAAAUUGGAUAAAUUGUGGGAGGAAAAUAGGGGCACAGUAAUAUUGUACAUAUGGACUCAGUUUCUCAAAGAAGAUUUGUUAGAAUAUCUGGGAAUGUCAAACAAUCUCGACCUAUGUCGUCAGUACUCGUCCGAAUUGAGGAGGAAGGGGGUGUUUAGCAUAAAACAAAAAAGAAACGCUAAUCAAAAUUUAGACACAAUAAACAACCAGCAAACGCCAAGGCAGACAACCUCAUUUGAGAGAAAAGAGUCUAUUAAAGAUUUGUCAACAAGCAACAAGGAAUUGCACAUAAACAGAUAUUUUGUAAAUAAAGAUUCACGGAUAAUUACAGUUCCUUUAGUAGACACACAUCUACAUAAAUAUUUAAUAUCUUUUAAUGAAGACAAAUCAAGAACUGAAUUUCUGAGGACUCUCUACACCUGUGAUAUUUGUUAUGAGGAUAAAUUAGGCGAGAAAUGCAUUCAGUUUAAACCUUGCAAUCAUGUGUACUGCAAGCAAUGUCUCCAGCAAUAUUUUGAGGUUCGUAUCAGCGAAGGACAGGUCAAUUCAAUGCCAUGCCCUCAAUCUAAAUGCAAAUCGGAAGCGCAGCAGCACCAGAUUAAAGAGACUGUUGGAAGUAAACUUUAUCUCAAAUAUGAUAAUUUACUUCUCAACGCUACUCUUGAUACGAUGGUAGAUAUAACAUACUGCCCAAGAUCUUUCUGUGGGUGCCCCGUCAUGAGGGAUACUGGAGAGAAAAUGGCAACUUGCCCGAAAUGCGAGUAUGUUUUUUGCGUCCACUGUAAAAUGACUUAUCAUGGCGUCGAGAAGUGCCGAUUGAAAGCUGAGAAAAUUAUAGCUAUAAUGGAUGAGUAUGAACAAGGGGAUGAACAAACUAAAUUUCGUCUUGAAAAGAUUUAUGGUAAGAAAGAGAUUCUUUCUUACAUAAAUAUUGCUAAGUCUGAAAAUUGGAUAAAAACUAACAGCAAGUUAUGUCCCAACUGUAAAGCAGCUAUUGAGAAAAUGGAUGGUUGUAAUAAAAUGGCCUGUACAAAAUGCAAAAUAUUCUUCUGUUGGAUAUGCCUUUCUAUACUGGAUCCAGAAAAACCUUACAGGCAUUUUGACGACACACAGUCUGCAUGUUUUAACCAAUUGUUCCAAGGUGUCGAUAUCGAAGACAAUCCUGACAUGCCGCCUUUCAUGAAUUUCGCUUGGGAUGCAGAAGAUGACGAUUUUUUUUUCGAUGAUAUGCCCAUGACUGAAGAAGAUCUUGCAAUAAUAUUCAAUGUUGUCCCUAACCUUCUAUUGUUGUGAACCGAAAAAAACAAAGCAAAAAAACAACAAAUAUAUUUAAAUCCAAAUGUAUUUUAAUUUUACUGAAGGAAUUUGUCACAAAGAGAUUUUGUUAAAGAAAAAAAAACCUUUUUAUGUGUUCAUGUUUUUAUUAAAAUUGUCUACACACA